UGGAGGAAAGUAGGAAUAAUCUUACUGUGCAAGGGCGGUGUCUCCUCAGUGAAUUGAAUUGAUGUCAAUCCUACGUCCUUCUUCAAUGUUAUAAUACUACAGAAGAAAAACCAUCUUGUUUUGUCCACUACUUACUAUACAUACGUACCUUUUUUCUUUCUGACCACAGUCAAGUGUCAAGUGUUGCCUUAUUUGUGAAUCUGUCCUUCGCCGUAAGCGAUAUGGUGCUGCCACGAUUUUUGAACACAGGAGUCUUGUGCCCUAUGGUAUUAUCAACCUGCUGGGCUGUUCUUCAUAUUAUGCAAUAUGGCUUCGCUAUCACUAGCUUGAAUGGUAUCCAGCAAAGUGUGACCUGCCAAAAGGCAGAAAAUCAUACUGGAAUUCUUCAAAUCCCUAUCGCAACCCCGGUCGAUUGUAUACCUAUGACGACUUCUUCAUUUGGGCUUGUGGUGUCGAUUUUCACCCUUGGCGGUCUUCUGGGAUCCCUUGCUGCUAGCACAACCACUUUGCGCUAUGGUCAAGUAGCGACUUUGCGUCUUUCAGCUGCUAUGGUUCUUGCAGGCUCAACUUGCAUCGGUUUUGCUGGAGGUACAAGUUCCAUGUUAAUAGGGCGCGUCUUUGUUGGCAUCGGUUGCGGCCUGUCGACUGUAACUGUUCCUGUUUUCGUAGCACAAUUAGCGCCUCCAUCAAUGAAAAGAUCUUUGGGCAUUUCGAAUCAAAUAUCAAUUGUUAUCGGCAUGCUGGCAGCACAGUCAUUAUCCUUCCCUUUCGCCCAUCCCGAUCGUUGGCGGUUUGUCUUCAUCGCGCCGGCUAUGCUCGCACUGAUUCAACUCGCGGGAAGUCUAUUGGUGAAUAAUCCUGUAGUGGAAUCACAGGAGGCCCCAGAGAUCGAAGCCCUUCUGGAAACAUCACAGGAGGCGGAGACAUUGACUAUCAAAGAUCUUUUCCUAUCUCGCGAACCCGAUGUUAUUAAAGGAUUCCAUGUCGUUCUUGCAACACAGAUGUCGCAGCAAUUAUGCGGUGUUGCACCAGUGAUGUACUUUUCAACACGGAUUUUAACUCCAGUAUUUCAGGGAGACUCUCGGCUGAUGGCUCUCAUCGUGGUCUUGAUCAAGCUUCCCAUCACUGUACUUCCAAUAUUUUUGCGGCUUGGCAGUAGGCGCCUCCUCGUCUUGCCCACUUCUAUCAUGUCCUUCGCUGCUUUGCUCCUGGCAUUUGGCAUCAAUACCAAUGCUGCAGGUCUUUCAAUUGUUGGUAUCAUCCUCUUCGUGGUGGCCUUUUCAGUUGGACUUGGGCCUGUGACAUGGGUGGUACUGCCGGAAGUUAUGCCCAGCCAUGCCGUUAAUGCUGCAGGAAGCGUCGGUCUUGCUUUAAACUGGGUUUUGAACUUCGCCAUGGGGGCCACUUUCUUACCAAUCCAACAGACGCUCAGUGGAGGAGUAGAAUCUAAAGAGGGAAACGUUUUCUUCAUACUCUCAGUGACUUGCGCCAUUGCGGCCUUUGCUAUCAGACUUACCUUCAAAAGAUAUGACAGAAGAAUAACUCUAGCUUAAUGACCUUGCUCGCACUUGGUUCGAUAGAAUGCAGCAAUGUGACCUGC